AUGGCUACUGUUAUCACUAUCCAGUCGUCCUCGACGGCUGGUCUCCAGCAAUCCUCUCCUUCAGACCGUCACCUUCUUCGUCCACUGGUGCAGAAUAACCAGCAACAGCCGCUACAACCACAACUAUCCCCCUCACCACCCGCCCCUAUUGGUACUCUUCCUCGUCUCUCUGCGCAAGUCAGAGAUGGACCCAGUUGUGACGCCUGUCUGCGCAGAAAGAGUCGGUGUGCAAUGAACGAAAUGGUCAACAAGUGUUACUCGUGCGACUUUCAUCGCCAGGAGUGCACCUUCUCCUUGUCAUCCUCCACCCCCACGGCCAGUCGCCCAAAUACCGCAGACCACCCUUCAAAAAAGCGCAAGCUCGAGGAAGCUGUCCUGGAUGUUGAAUCCCCCAAAAGGCCGUCGACCGUUUCUAAACUCGACAGCACCGUGACUUUGAGCGAACACCGGCGCCUCAACACUGCCUACUGGCACCAAACGACUCAACACAUUGGCCUCACUACUGAGCUGGAGCCCGCCCUUCUAUCAUAUCUCCCGGUAGACCAGAACGACGAGAGCUUCGUAGCGACUUCUCGCGUGCGGAAACUUGGCGACGACGGCACGUUUAUGCGAGUUGUAAACACGAUGUCUCAGGCAGACAGCCCGACUGCCACGCUGGAUUCAAUUGAGAGCCUGGUUGCUCCUUAUGGGUCUACCCUGGUAGAGCAGUUCUUCGAGCGCAUUCACCCGACCUUCCCAAUCUUAUUGGAAGAUGUCUUUCGUCAGUCAUACAAGACCAGAAAUGGCAUCUCCCCGCUUCUACUCUCUGCCGUCUAUGUUCUGGCUCUGAAAUUUGCCGAUAUCGGACCAGCCUCACAGUCCGCACGGCGGCCUGAUGCGGCUCGCCUGGAGGCCACUGCUUUGAAACUUCUCACCGAAUCUCUACCAUAUGCAUCAUUAUCGACAAUUCAGGCCGGUCUUUUGCUUAUGCAAAGGUCGACACUUGCAACAGCACCGCUGAAUGCGCAGUUGGUGACUGCUGGAUUCGAACUCGGUCUUCACCAGGAUUGUUCCAAUUGGCGAAUGGAGACAUGGGAGAAGGGACUCCGGAAACGUUUGGCAUGGGCGCUUUACAUGCAGGACAAGUGGUCAGCGAUGGUACACGGACGACCUUCACAUGUUGUUUCCUCCAACUGGACGGUCCAGGACCUUGUCGAAGAUGACUUUACCGACGCCUUCGCCUCGACCUCAUCUCAACCCGAAGACGCGCCUGUGGGCCAUGGUCCGCUUUUCUUCUGCCACCUGGUAGCUCUUACCACGAUUCUUUCCGACAUUCUCGACCGAUUUUACACGCUUCAGUCGAUCGAAGAGUUCAAAGCUGCCGGGAACAACCGAACGCGGCUGAUCUUGGAACGCGCCAAACCGGCUCAGAUCCGUCUGAAGGACUGGUUUGCGCGCCUCCCUACACCGCUGAAAUUGGAUUCAGCCACCGAUAUCUUCGAGACGAUUACAGAAGAAAACGCCCGAAACGGGGCACUACACCUUUCCUACUUUGCAACCGAAAUAACCCUUCAUCGCUGUAUUGUGCGAUCCCUUUCUCCCGACGCCACCGACGCAUAUCUCUCUCAUAUCUGCCGCUCAGCCGCCAAGACUCGACUCAUCUCAGCGAUGGACUUUGUGAACCGACUUCGACCGCCUCACCUACGGUCUUUCUGGCCGGCGGCAUCUCGAACGCACUUUGCACUGAUCGGGUCUUUUGGCAUUCUCCUUCGUGUAACGGCACCGACCAAGGAGGAGGCCGAGUUUUACCGCCUCCGUCUGUGCGAGUACCGGUGGACACUGAGCGUGAGCAAGAAAGACGCCGAGUUCCUGGAGUUCGCGCUGGAAAGCCUGGACAACGCAACGGAGCUCGACCACCACGUUCCCGCGAAACCAGGCAUCGACGAGCUGAUGACUUCCUCGGCCAAACCUGUCACACAGCGACGGACGAUGCAUGAGAACUCGAUGCUAGACCUAGACCCUCAACAAGGGGCCGAGUUUUCCGGACUAGCGUCCCCCGCUACCUCGAUUAGCGAAGAGAGCAUGCACGAUGGUGCUUUGGCUCCGCUAUAA